AUGUCUUCGUCGCGCGCGGUGUACGUCCUGGUGUUCGACCUGGACGAACCCACGGAAUCGCUCUACGCGACGUCCUCGCGAUCGAGCGAGGGCAUUCCAUUGAACGCGUUCGUGGCGUUCGAGGACAUGGGCGAGGCGGUGCGCGCGGCGAUCGCGGUCGGCGAGGUGGCUUCGGGCGGCGUCCCGGUCGUCGAGAGCGCGCCGCCCGCGGCGAUUCGAUUACUCGCCGAUCUCGCCGGUUUCGACGUGGAGUACGUGCGUAAGGGCGACGUGUUCGACGUACCCGAGGUUUUAGUCGAGGAUGCGAGCUCCGGGGUGGACGAGGAGGAGCUCAAGGUGAGCGCGAGCGAGUUGGCUAAAUAUCUGGCGAGCGGCGAGACGGAGUCUAGCGCGGACGCCAUGACGUGCGAUGCCGGCGACGUGCCCGAUGAGGAUCGAGAACCUUCGGAACACGCCAUCGCCACGGCGCGAGCGAACGCCGCGCGAUCGAUGCGCGACGCCUUGCUCGCGCCCGCCCGGCGCGUGCGAGACGCGAGCGCCGCCACGGCGCGCCUUCCGAGCGUCGGUUCACGAACCGUCGUCGCCGGUCUCGGCGCCGCCAUGCGCGCGUUCGCGCGAUGUCGACGCGUCUCCACCGAUUCGUAA